ACUCAUGCCAGCUGUUGGGCGCCGGGUGGGAGUCGAACCCUGGGUCUUCUACUUGGCGGGCGUGAUGGGGGUCCUGGGCGUGGCCGUGGGCGUGGCCGUGGGCGUUUACCUCAUCAGGAAGUACAGGGAGAGGCAAUGGGGGUGGUGUAAGAGCAAGAGGAGGCUGGACGGCAAGGUGGUGGUGGUGACGGGCGCCAAUUCGGGCAUCGGCAAGGAGGCGGCGAGGGACCUGGUGGGCCGAGGGGCAUUGGUGGUGCUUGCGUGCCGGAAUAAGGAUGCUGCGCUGGAGGCCGUCAAGGACAUUCGCACCACCACUGGGGACGGGGAGAUGAUCGUAAUGGAGGUGGACCUCGGAGAUCUCGCCUCGGUCCGCAGUUUCUCCGCGUCGCUGCUGAGCAAGUUCGAUCGGCUGGACGUGCUGGUCAACAACGCCGGUGUGUUUGUGCCGCCGGAUGACCGCGCCAAGACCAAGGACGGGGUUGAGAUACACUUUGGGGUCAACCACCUCGGGCAUUUCCUCCUGACGCAGCUCCUUCUCCCUCGCCUCCAGACUACCCCGGGGUCAAGGAUUGUCACAGUCUCAUCAUCUCUCUACAAGUCGGCAAAGAUCGAUUUCGACAACCUGGAGGGCGAGAAGGGCUGGGACCGCUCGCAAAGAAACGCACUCUAUAGCAUCUCAAAGCUCGCCAACAUUAUGCAUAGUCAGGAGCUGGCGCGGCGGACGGCAGGAACACACGUCCGAGCCUUCGCCCUGUGCCCGGGUUUUGUGUUGACGAAUUUGUCCCGCUACUCAGCCCCCAAGUAUGCGUUCCUGCUGAAGGUUCUGUUUGCUCCGUUUAUGCUGUUCUUGAUGCGCAGCGCUCGGCAGGGCGCUCAAUCAACCAUCUACUGCGCCGUCUCGGAAGAACUCGACAACAAGGAAUGGACAAUGGUAGCCAACUGCAAACCGUGCCCUGUUACCGAGGUGGCCCAGGACCCUGCCACAGCUGAACGUCUCUGGGAGGUGUCCCUGGCGAUGGUAGGGGAGGCAGGGAGGGCCGAGGUGGGUGUCGCAGGGAGGAGCAGGGUGGAGAAGGAGGAGGAGAAGGAGGAGAGGAAUGAUAUGAAAGUGGAGGAUUUGAUUGGGUUUGAGGCAGCUUCUGAGGCCAUGGCAGGGGUUGGUGAGGUGACAGAGAGCUUGGGAACGGCAGGGGAAUCUAAGAGCAUUACAACAGGGUUAGAAGAGACAGAAAAAGCGGCUGAAAAAGUGGAGAAUUUGAUAGGCUUCGAGGCAGCCUCUGAGGCCAUGGCAGGAGCUGGUAUGUCAACAGAGGAUUCAUUGAACGCAGGGGAAUCUAAGACCAUUAGUACAGGGUUGGAAGCGACAGAAAACCCGACAGAAACAAAAGAAAAGGUGGACAGCUUAAUAGGGUUUGAGGCAUUCUCUGGGGCCAAGACAGAGAGCUCGGGGAAACUAGGGGAAUCCAAGACUACAAAUACAGGGUUAAAAUCCACAGAAAAAGCCCCGGAAAUGACCACAGGGUUCAAGAAUGCCACGGAACAAGUCGGAACUCCACAAGCUGCACCCAAGAUUGAAAUACCCAAAGAAACGCGGGAGACAGAGAAGGGGCUCGGUAACGUCGCAGGAGUUGAACAGACGAGAGAGGAAAUCGUAAAGCCACAAGUCACCAGCGAGAUUAAAAUGCCCAAAGAAACGCAGGAGACAGAGAAAGGGCUCGGUAACCUCGCAGGAGUUCAACAGACAAGAGAGGAAAUCGUAAAGCCACAAGUUACUGCCAAGUUUGAAAUACCGAAAGAAACAUUAAAGGAAAAAGCCACAGAGGUUCAGAAAGAGGCAGAGAAGGGCGUGAGUGUCCUGCCAGGGGUGAAGGGUGCCGUGACAGGGGUAGGGUCAGCUGGCAGGGGAGGAGAUAAGAACGGAGAGGUGAAGGAGGAGGAAAGGGAAGAGACGGAGAAGAAGGAGCAGCUGAAAGGCGUGAAGGAGGAGUCUGAGGAGGAGGAAGAGGAGGAGGAGGAGAUGGAGGAUGACCUUGUGUUAGUGAAGCGAACCACACAAGCACAGGAGGAAGAAUCUGAAGAGGAGGAGGAGGAGGAGGAGGAGGAAGAAGAGUCGGAGGAAGAGGAGGAAAGUGAGGAGGAAAAUAUAGAUGUUAAUGAUAAACGGGAGCUUGUGAAAGGCAAACCUAGACGUCCGCUGAAGUAAAUAGUGUGUGUGUGUGUGUGUGUGUGUGUGUGUGUGUGUGUGUGUGUGUGGUGCGUUUGAUUAAGACUGUAUCCAAUUUCUGUAUGUGUAUUUUUUUUGUUUAUCCGAUUUCGUUUCGCCUAUAGUACCAGUAGGCUUUUUUGGCUGUUCCUGUUGGUCCACCCCAGGCUGUUAGUGUCACAGGGAAGUGUUUACAGUGGUGCCAUCUUGCUUAGCUCACACUACCCCCAGGAGCUAUGGAGUCCGGGUCGAUAGGCGGUCUCUCAUCAGGACUGCAUGUGGGUACUAGUCUUAGGCCACUCAGCGUUGACGGAAUACUAGGAGCUUGUGUUAGUGAGUGGGGCUCCAACCUGGGUCCCUAAGCUUUGGAAGAGAGUGGCAGGGCUUCUGUGCCAACGUAGUCAUUCGUAAACAUUAUGGCACAUGUAUUCGACAGGGCUUUCGUAGGAGUUGUGGGAGGCAUUUCCAGGGGGUAGUUUUGUGACCCUGGUGGUAGUUCGACAAAAGCUUUCGACUCUAAGGGUUUUGUAGCAUUUCCAGGGGUAGUAUUGUGACCCUGGUGGUAGUUCGACAAAAGCUUUCGACUAAGGAUUUCAUAGGAGUUUUGGGGCACAUUUCCGGGGGUAGUUUUGUGACCCUGGUGGUAGUUCGACAAAAGCUUUCGACUCUAAGGCUUUCAUAGGAGUUUUGGAGCAUUUCCAGGGGUAGUUUUGUGACCCUGGUGGUAGUUCGACAAAAGCUUUCAACUCUAAGAAUUUCAUAGGAGUUUUGGGGCAUUUCCAGGGGUAGUUUUGUGACCCUGGUGGUAGUUUGGCAAAGUUCCUGCACUGUGGAUGUAAAGAAAUGCUCGUGGGAAUGUGUUUCACCUCUGUUUUGGCCCUUAGAAAUGACUGAUGCAGGAGAAGGAUGUGUAAGAAUGCUGACUCCAGGCUUUCAACUCCAAGGCUUACGUAGGAGUUUUGGGAGGCAUUUCUGGGGGUAGUUUUGUGACCCUGGUGGUACUUCGAAAAAGGUCCUUCACUGAAUACCGAAUCCCGGCUGAAGGCAGGAGUGUAAGGAUGGAAAUUGCCCUUUGUCACGAUGUUGGUAAUACUGUAUUUUAUUAGUUAUGUAUGUACUAUUAUUAUUAUUAUUAUUAUUGAUUGGAAAAUUGGUUGUGUAUCGAUUUCUCUGAUUAUUCAUGUGAGGGCUCCAUGUCGCAAAGUGUGUUCGUAAGUUUGUGAAUAGCUCGUAAGUCACGUUCCGCUUAUCGCCAAACGAGAUGCCGUAGUUUUUAACACACACACACACACACACACACACACACACACACACAAACACACACACACAGAAGUGCCUGGCAUAUGUAGGUGGAAAACUUGCUGUAAAAAAGGAAAAAAUAAAAGAUUGGAAGGAAUAAUGAAAUGAAAACAGAACAUAAAAUAAAUAAAGAAAAUCAGGAUAGAGAAAUACGGAAGGAGGAGGAGGAGGAGGAGGAGGAGGAGGAGACGCCUUUACUAGUAGAAACAUGGAUACCUUUAUUUUUAUUUAUAACAAUCAACUCCGUCCCUAAAGUAAAAUAAAAUGCUAAACUCUCCUCGGAACUUAAUAAAAUACUAUGUUUACAAAAUCUCCCAUUGGUAAUACACACACCAUCUACCUCACUACACACCAAGUUGCAGUGUUACCAGUAUAGAAAUUUGACCCUGACCCGUGACUUUUUUUCCAACUUACUUUUUCUGUUUGUAAGGAAGAAGUUGCAGUGUUACCAGUAUAGAAAUUUGACCCUGACCAGUGACUUUUUUUCCAACUUACUUUUUCUGUUUGUAAGGAAGAAGUUGCAGUGUUACCAGUAUAGAAAUUUGACCCUGACCCGUGACUUUUUUUCCAACUUACUUUUUCUGUUUGUGAGGAAGAAGUUGCAGUGUUACCAGUAUGAAAAUUUGACCCUGACUAGUGACUUUUUUUCCAACUAACUUUUUCUGUCUAAGGAAGAAUUUGCAGUGUUACCAGUAUAGAAAUUUAACGCAGACUAGUGACUUUUUUUCCAACUAACUUUUUCUGUCUGUAAGGAAGAAGUUGCAUUGUUACCAG